AUGGAAGGACCUCUGAAGGAGCUUGGGAGACUCGAGAAGCUCGUAUCUGACUCCUCCUGGAAGGGCAAGACCCCGAGCAUCAACGACUCGCUAGACUCGCUCUUGCAUUCGCUCCGCGAGGUCAAGGACAGGUUGCAGGUCGGCACGGCGACAGAUGAGACGCUGACUAUCCUGUCGAAGACCGUGGAGACGAGGAAGAAGGAGAUAGAUGACCGGCAGAAGGAGGUGUAUAACGCGCUUGCUAAGAUGGGGAAGGCAUUGGAUAAGAAGUUCCAUACUCCUCUGCCGACAUAUUCUCCCUUGUUCUUCUCUCCCGAAGCGAAUGCUGCUCUGGAGCGAACGAUAGCACUACAUUUCCUCAGGACGGGCCAGUUCAACACAGCCGAGACGUUCAUUGAGGAGUCUAGCGUUGACAUCGAUGACGAUACACGGCGACAGUUCAAGAAGCUUCACGAGAUCGUGACGGCUCUCAGGGAACAGGACAUCGGCCCUGCGCUACAAUGGGCCGAGCGCAAUCGAGAAUUCCUCCACAACCGCUCCUCACCCCUCGAGUUCCUCCUCCACCGCUCCCGCUACCUACGCUUCCUGACAUCAAAUGACGCACGAGGACAGUACGCCGCAAUCGCCUACGCCCAGGACCACUUUCCGCCCUUCUAUGGCCAGCACGAAUCCGAGAUCCGUCAGCUCAUGGGGUGCCUGCUCUACAUGCCCAUCUGGCGCCUGAUAGCGUCGCCGUAUGCCAACCUCGCAUCUCCCUCGCUGCACCUCGACCUCGAGCCGAUGUUUGCGAAGGAGUAUUGCGCCAGUCUGGGGAUGAGCAGACAGGUGCCUCUAAGGGUUGUUGGCGAUAUUGGUGGUGGUGGGGCGCUCGCCCGUAUAGAGAAAGGUAGGAAGGUCAUGCGCGAACGCAAGAGCGAGUGGAGUCAUUCAGAGGAGCUGCCCAUCGAGAUACCGCUACCACCGGAGAAUAGGUACCACUCGAUCUUUGCUUGCCCUGUCUCGAAGGAGCAGUCAACAGACCAGAACCCGCCUAUGAUGAUGGGCUGCGGGCACGUCAUCACGAAGGACAGUUUGCAGAAGCUCAGCAAGCCUGGAGGCCGCGUGAAGUGCCCGUAUUGUCCUGUGGAAUCGCAACUCAGCUCAGCUCUCCGUGUACAUUUUUAA